GAUAUUUUAGACCCUGAAGAGAACACAUAUUUACCAGCAGGCGUUGGACGACCUUGCCAUUUGGCGCGGAGAGGGAAGGAGGGAGCAGAGGCGGACCGGAGUCAGAGAUACGGAUAGAAAAGGGGAAAGAACGAGGCUGGGAAAAAAAGAGAAAGCGUGUCGGCCAAGCAGAAGAAAAGCAAACUGUCUGCAGGAAGAGUGAGCGAGGCUGCACUUCGGUCUGAGACGGAGCCACGAAACGGGACCCGAACGAACACAGACUGGAAUAAGUAUGACGACAGGCUGAUGAAGGCUGUGGAGAGGGGAGAGGUGGAGAAGGUUGCAGCUGUGCUCAGCAAGAAGGGCAUCACUCCCACCAAACUAGAUGUAGAGGGUCGCUCUGCUUUCCAUCUUGCUGCCACCAGAGGACACUUGGACUGCCUUAACCUCAUCCUUGGCCAUGGUGUUGAUGUCACAGCUGCUGAUGCCACAGGGAAAAAUGCCUUACACCUGGCGGCCAGGAACGGACAGUCACUCUGUGUGCAGAAGCUGCUGCAGCACAGCUGCCCUGUUGGAAAUGUGGACCUGCAGGGGAGAACAGCACUACACGAUGCUGUCAUGGCAGGCUGCUCCUCCAGUGUUAAGCUCUUGUGUGACAACAGAGCCUCGGUCAACGCUCAUGAUUUUGAUGGCCGAACUCCAUUGGUGUUGGCCACCCAGAUGUGUCACCCCCGCAUCUGUCAGCUCCUGCUUGACCGUGGUGCUGACAUCAGAGUGCAAGACAAGCAACACAAGACCGCGCUGAUCCUGGGCUGUGAAUACGCAUGCAAGGAUGCCGUGGAGGUGCUGCUGAGGAACGGCGCUGACGUCACUGCUGUGGAUGGCUUCGGCCAUGACGGCUACCACUACGCACGCCUCAGCAAAAACCAUGAGCUUGUCAGCCUCGUCAAGAGCUAUCUGGACAGUGCCCUGAAAGUGAAAGAAGCUACCAGGAUGGAGCAGAAAAAGAGACAGCUGUCACUGGAUGCAACGUCUGACCCCUCGUUCAGUAGGGAUCAUAUCAUUCAUGAUCUGGAGAAACAGAAUGAGAGCCAGCAGGAGACUCUAAGGAGGUAUCAUCAGGAACAAAGGACUUUGAUGGACAAAGUCAGCAUGUUGCAAAAACAGCUCAGUCAGGAAAAGUCAGUGGUGGAAGACAUUCAUAAAGAGAGAGAACAUCUGAAGCGACUACUGGCUGCUAGAGACAAGGAGGAAGGCACUAGGGCCUCGGACACGGUGAAGGUCCAGCCCCAGAGCUGUCUGGGAGAUUACUCAGGUCAGUCUGUAAUUAAAGGGAGAGAAAAUGUCAUUGUCAGACAGUCUCAAAGCCUGGAUUCAGCUCAGAUUUUACAGCCAACAGUUCUGUCUCGUUCCUUGUCCCGCCCCCUGGAGCUCUCUCAACCAGUGUUGGGUGCCCACGGUGAAGUGGAAGCACUCCGUCAGGAGCUGAGCUCCACCCGUAAACAGCAGGAGGCUGCCCAGGAUGAGCUAGGGCACCUCCAGGCGUUGCUGGUGCGGAAGACUCAGGACUGUGAGGAACUGGCCCAGAGCCGUGACUCGGUCAAGCGCGACGCUGACCGGCAGAUUCAGGAGCUGGAAGGGGCGCUGGGGGACGUGCAGAAGAGGAUGCUGGAUUCAGAGGCCAAAGUCAAGCAACUGCAGGCCCAUGUGGUGGCCGUGAAGGAGCACCUCGGGAGCCAGAUGCUGGAUGACCUCAAAGCCCAGCUCAGCGAAGUCAAAGCCAAAUACGAAGGCGCGUCGGCUGAGGUGGGCCGGGUCAGGAACCACCUGAAGCAGAGCGAGAAGGCUCUGGAGGAGUACAAGAAAAGCGAAAGACACCUGGCCGAAGAGGCCGAUGGACUGAUGGUGGAGCUGAACGUGGUGAGGGAAGAGCGGGAUAAGAUGUCCAAGUCUCUCCUGGAAGCAGAGACUCGAGCGCAGGAAACGGCGGUCCGCCUGUCAACCACUGUCCCCGGGGAGAAGUUCGACAACAUGAAGAACCUCCUGACCAACGCAGUGGAUGAGAAAGAGAGGCAGCUGGCGGAGCUGCGGGAUGACUACGACCGUGUACUGGAGGAGGUGGCCGAGCUCCACCGGGAGGCGGGUGGCCGGGAUGGCGUCCCCCUGGCAGAGCACGAGAGGAUGAGGGAUGCUCUGGAGGAGCAGAGCAGCACAUUGAGGAUGAAGCUGGCAGAAGUGACGUCCAAGUGCCAGACACUGAUCCGCGAGCUGGAGGAGGCCGAAGACGAACGGGAGCUGCUCCGGGAAGAGCUGCAGGAGCUCACCCAGAACCUCCAGACACAGUACGUUCCUGUUGAUGUUCACGAGGAGCUAAGGAGGUCUCUGGCGCUCGCUGCCGAGGAGCUGAGGGAGCAGCUCGAGGAGGUGACGGAGAGGAAAGGCUGGACAGAGGAGCAGGUGAAGAGGCUCCAAGAGGAGAAGGCCUCCCUGUCUGAGAGCGUGAGCAAACUAAAGAGCUCCCAGGUGUCAUGCGAGAAGUAUGAGAGGGAGGCGGCCACCCUGUCGGCUCGCGCCGCUGGUCUGGAGAAGGACCUGAAGAGCCUCCAGGAGAAGUACCGGGAGAAGGAGAGAGAGCUCGAGCUCAUGGUGGCCGAGAAGGCGUCGCUGACGCGGAGCUUGGAGGGAGAGUUCAUUGCCAAGGAAGUGCAUGAGCAAGCGCAGGCGGUGUUGGGUGAAGCCUUGGAAAAAGCCAAGGCUGAAAUUGCCAAGUUGGAAGAAGAUGGAAGAAUCAGGGAGGAGGAGCUAAAGAACAUGAAAGAGGGAAAUGCUAUGUUGAAAGAGGAGUUUGAGAAUGUGCAGGCGAAAUUGGUGAAGGACUAUAUUAGCCUCGUUGAGCACGAGGAGACGAAAAGCAAGUUGAACAGGGCCUUAGCUGAGGUGAAAAUGAGAGCUGAGGAUGCCGCAUCCAAACAUCAGGCUGCUCUUGAAGGUUCUGCAAAACUUCAGGAAGAAAUAGAAUCCCAGAAGAGAGAGCUGGACACCAUUCAUGAAGCCAUUCAUUCCAAGUUUGUUCCCCUGUCCACCGUGGAGGAAAAGGACCGGUCUUUUAGCAGUGCCAUGAAGGACAUGACGGAGAAACUGGCCCAAGUGCAGGAGAAGUACGAGGGUGCAAAAGCAGACAGGGAACGAGAGAGACAGCAGAAGGAAGCCAAGAAAGCGGAGCUUGUGUUGAGGCGGCAGGAGCUGGAGGCCAACUUUAUCCCCAGUGAGAAACACAGGGAGGUGGAGGAUGCCUACAAAGUCCAGGUGGAGGCACUGAGCCUGAAGCUGGUGGAGCUGGAGCAGCAGCACAUGGACGCAACCGUGCGGCGAGCUGAGCUGGAGGAGAAGAAUGCGCUGUGCGCCACUGAAAUCGAGAGUCUCCAGCAGCGUCUGGAGAGCGAGCUCGUUAAGCAGGAGCGAUUCAAGGACACUGAGCGCUCGCUGGGCUCCUUUCUGGAGGAGGCACGGAACGAGUGCGAGCGGCUCCACGCAAUGCACGACGUGGAGGCGCAGCGCACGCAGGCCCUGGAGAGGGAGCUGCGGAGCUGCAGCAGUGACGCAGACCUCCUGGCCCGCCAUGGCCAGGCUCGGGAGGCCCUGGAGAGGGACGUGGCCGAUCUGCGCCUGGCCCUGAGGGAGGCGGAGGAGACCAGCGCCCAGCGGGCCGAGGACGUGGCCACGCUCCAGGGCGAGCUGCUCAGAGCCACGCACGCCCUGGAUGAGCUGCGUGCCCACGAGGGCCAGGUGGCCCAGCUCCGUGCCGAGAAGCAGAGGCUGGAGGAUGAGGCCGACGAGCUCGGAGAUCGGCUCUCGAGCCUAGAGGAACAGUGCGACGACCUCUACAGGGAGGCGGCCCAGGCCAGAGAGAGCGAGUGCAGAGCUCGGGUGGAGAUGGAGACGUUGCAGAACAGGAGCACCUCCAUUGAAAAGGAGAUCCGUGAGCUGAAGGAGAAGUACGAUGAAUCGCUCACCACCAUUGGAGACCUGCAGAAGAGGAUCCAGAUGUACUCAGAGCAAACCGAGGCAAAAGACAAACGGAUCACAGAGCUCCUGGCUGACGUGGAGCGCCUCAAACAGGCCCUGAAUGGCCUGUCCCAGCUGGCUUACACAGGCAACAUGCCCAACAAGAGACACACGCAGCACAUGGACGCACUCCAGGCGCAGGUCAAGAGUCUCCAGCAGCAGCUGGCUGAUGCUGAGAGGCAACAUAGAGAGGUGGUUUCAAUUUAUCGAACUCAUCUUCUCAGCGCUGCACAGGGUCACAUGGAUGAAGACGUCCAAGCAGCCCUGUUGCAGAUUAUCCGAAUGAGGCAGCAGUUUGUAUGUUAAAACCCAGCCUGAAAAGAACCCACUGACUCAAUCCAGCGUUCCCUCUGUAGGCCUGCGGUCAGACGCUGCUGCACAGCAGUCCAGUCACAAAGCAUGCCAGAUGUUAAUGUCCUCUCCCGGCAUGGAGCUGUGUACUUUAGUACAGUCAAAGCCUUGUAGUUGUUUAACAGGUUAGAUAUUUUGCAGUCGCAAAGCUGUUGCUUAGAAGUGCAAUAAUUAUGCCCACAAAAAUCCCAGCAAUGACGAACGAGUGGUGGAGGGGUCACUUAUUUCCCAGUGCCCACAAAUAUGAUGUCAUAUCUGUGCAGGGGUAAUUCAGAGUGGUGUAAUAUUUGACUGGUUGUAAUAAUUCAUUGUGCUGCUGUUGGUUUAGUAGGUGGGGUCUCCUGAGCGCUAACCUCAGCAGUGGUUUAUGCUCAUGGUUUUUGUGCCUUUCAGAGUGAGAGCCUGGUUUUGUUUCCUUAUUUUGUAACGGAAUAGCCUGCAGCAGAAAAAAACGGUCCAUUUCCCUGGCGCUCUGUCUGACCUCCUUGUAUAGCAACUUAUUCCAUUGACUUAGUCUUCUCUGUAUAAUCGCCGUCAGGGAGCAGGUCUCCUACCACUCUUAAGGGCACAAAGAGAAUAACCUUUUACUACAGUCAAUACCAGUCAUGCAGCAUGUUCAAGGAAGCAGGCUGCAUUGUUGUGUGGAGUUGGACUUGGAUGCUUUAACCUCAGUAGUUCUUAGGGCUCUGAUGUUCGCCUUGUGUGAGAUAUCAAAGGAGUGAACGCUGGAUUGUACUCGGUGAGUGUCAACGGUGCUGGGCGAAAAAGAACACAGCCCUGCCUUCCCCAGAGCAAUUGGAGACGGCACCCUUCCCUGGCUCGAAGACCCCCCUCCCUUGCCUGGACUAUACUGCCCUCUUGUGGUGUGACUUGGCAGGCCAAGUUUGUGGGUUUUUGUUUUUUUGUUUUUUUUUUGGAGGAGGAUGAUGAUGAUGAUGGAAUAUAGCUUUCUGUGGUUCAUUUGGCUGUGUGGAAGAUCAGAUGUGUUUUUGCUUUUUUUUUUUUUUUUUUUUCUUUUUUUUUCUUUUUUUUUCUUUUUUUUUUUUCUCUUGUGGUACUUCCCAGAUCCAAUAUAUUUUUAUCAUGGCUUUGUACUACUUUUGAUUAAUGGUCACCAUGUUUAUGGUAAUACUAUUCAGCAGGACUGGACUAAAACGGCACCAUACCUGUUCAAGGUACACAACAUUCAGAUUUUUCAUACUUUUCUUUUGAAUGUCUUUUUUUUCCUCAGAAGCAGUAGAGUUAAUUUAAAAACAACUAGGUAUCCCAUUAACUCUGAGCCUGAUCACUGCAAUGAGCAAAAAUUAGCACAUAAUUAAUACACAUUCAUUAAACUCCUAUCCUGAUUUGCCAUGCCAAUAAUAAUGUAUUGCAAAAAAUGGCUAAUGAUUUCUAUUAACUUAUAAGAACUGAGUUCUCUUGGUUCUGUAUUGGCACUACAAAACUCCAUAGCAGUCGUAGUUGUACGUCAUAUAUUUCUGCAUUCUUUAUCUACAGGUAGAUGUUUCUCAUGUGGUGUAGAAUCUUCCUCUCCUUUUCUGUUUACUUUCUUUUUCGUUUGUUUUGUUUUACAAAAGUGGUAGAACUCGCAUCAAUAAAAGUGCCUACUUUAGACUAA